UGAGAUGUAAACAAAAGAAUCUGGUUGGAAGCGACAAUCUUUUACUAAUUGGACAAGGGGUGUAGUGGAAUUUGCGCUUAUUUACGAAAUAGCUUCCUACAAUAGUAAACAAACACGUGCGGUUUAACUUUGGCGGCAUAGCGCUUUCGUUUUCAUUUGUAUUUCUUGUGCGCGAUAGAAAACACCUAAGGAGUCAUAACAAAAGUGAUUAAAAUGCCUAUUAUAGACACAAAUACCUUGGUGAAACUCCAAAAAGACAUUGAACGUGUGCGCAAUAUUUGCAUUUUGGCACAUGUAGAUCAUGGCAAGACAACACUUGCUGACUCACUUGUAGCCAGCAAUGGCAUAAUUUCACAACGUAUGGCAGGUAAGCUGCGCUACCUGGACACCCGUCAAGAUGAGCAGGAACGUGGCAUAACUAUGAAGAGCAGCAGUAUAUCGCUAUAUUACCGUGGCGGCGCUGACAAUGCUGACAACGAGCAAGACUAUCUCGUUAAUUUGAUUGAUUCACCGGGACAUGUGGACUUUUCCAGUGAAGUUUCAACAGCUGUGCGCUUGUGUGAUGGCGCCAUUGUUGUGGUUGAUGUGGUCGAAGGUGUUUGCCCACAAACGCGCGCAUGCUUAGAACAAGUUUAUACAGAACAACUAAAGCCCGUUCUGGUUUUAAAUAAAAUUGACCGGCUUAUAAUGGAAAUGCAGCUUAAGCCAUUAGAUGCUUUCUUUCAUAUAUCGCAAAUUUUAGAGCAGGUGAAUGCUGUGCUGGGUAGUAUAUUUGCCUCCGAUGUGCUUUCGAAGGAGGAUAUAACGAAAAAGGACAACUAUGAGUCUGCAUUGGAAGAAGUCGACGAUUCAAAUUUAUAUUUUUCUCCAGCUGCCGGUAAUGUCAUAUUUUGUUCCGCUUAUGAUGGUUGGGCUUUCUCGGUGAGCGAUUUCGCCAAAAUAUAUUCAAAACGUUUAGAAAUGACGCAAUCAGAUCUCGAACAAGUUCUCUGGGGUGAUUUUUUCUACAACACCAAACAGAAAUAUGCACUUGCCGGUGCACAAGAAAAGGCUAAGAAACCUAUGUUUGUGCAAUUCGUUUUAGAAAAUAUUUGGAGCCUAUAUGAUAUCAUAGCAGUACGCAAAGAUAAGGAAAAAUUACCGAUUAUCGCAGAGAAAUUGGGCAUAAAAUUACAGGCUCGUGAUUUACGUAUUUCGGAUCCCAAAGUACAAAUAAAAACUGUUUUCGGACAGUGGUUGCCCAUAGAUCGCACUGUGCUGGAAAUGGUGGUGCGACAUGUGCCGCCACCAAAUGUCAUUUCCGAUGAACGCGCAGAAAGAUUGCUCUUUCCACGCAAUGUAGCGUUGAAUGCAUAUUCUAAAGAAACUUUGUUGUUGAAGGAAGAUUUUAAACGUUGCAGCGAUGAGAGCCUUAACGUCAUUGUGUUUGUUUCUAAGAUGACGCCAGUGCACGUUUCACAGUUGCCUCAAAAUAAGCCCAAGCGUUUGAAUGAGGAACAGUUGCAAGCCCGGCGUGAAGAAGUGCGUCGUCGGAUUGAAGAUCGAAAGCAGUUUGCUGAAAAGGCCGAACUGGAAAAUCUAACCGUCGGCAUAGAGCAACUGAAUGUAGAAGAAACACCUGCACAAACUGAGGUCCAAAAAAAUGUCGAGCAGGAGCCACCUGAAAAGGCGGAUUAUGUUUUCAUUGCUUUUGCGCGCAUUUUCAGUGGUACUCUUAAAACGGGUAUGCGACUGUACAAUUUGGCGCCCAAACAUGAUCCCAGAAAUAAAGAGCAGCUGAAUUCGGACUCGCCUUACAUAAGCGAAGUGACGAUAGGGGAUCUGUAUUUGUUUAUGGGUGGUGAGCUACAGGCACUUGAUGAGGUACCUGCUGGUAACAUUGUGGGCAUAGGCGGUUUGGAUGAAGAUAUUAUUAAAACGGCAACAUUGAGCAGCACCAUCAAUUGUACGUCAUUUAGCGAGUUAAGUGUAAUGGCCACACCCAUUUUGCGUGUAGCUAUUGAGCCCGUUAAUCCACAGGAUUUGCCCAAACUUGUGAAGGGGCUGAAAUUAUUGAAUCAGGCAGAUGCAUGCGUUGAGGUAUCAAUGGCGCCAACUGGCGAGCAUGUAAUCACUACAUUAGGUGAAGUGCAUGUAGAAAAAUGUGUGCGGGAUCUAGAGGAAAGCUAUGCAAAGAUUAAAGUAAAUGUGUCCGAGCCCAUUGUAUCUUUCCGCGAAACAAUAGUGCCUGAAGCCACUAUCGAUAUGGUGAACGAAGCCAUCAUAAAAACAGCUACAGACAAGGAUAUAACAAAAAAGAUUAUCACACAACAAACAGCCAACAAGUUUGGCACGAUACGUGUUAUAGCUUUGCCACUGCCCCAGACUGCUGUGGACAUAUUGGAUAAAUAUAUUAGCUUCUUUAAAGAAUUAGCGACGAACGUAAAAGGCAUUACUGUAUCCGAAAAGUAUUCGACGCUAAUAGCGCAAAUAAAAACUCAACUUACCAAUGCUUUAACUGAGUUCGAUUUGAAAGGCUUAACUGCGCUAAAGCCAACAGAGCUCGUAGAGCGCAUUUGGGCACUAGGUCCGCGUAAUUGCGGCACGAAUAUCCUCUUGAAUUUGACUGAUUAUGAACAACCAAAUUUCUGGCAGUCACUCACACAUCAAAUUGAUGUAGAUGCCAUUGCCAAAGCGGUGUCUGAUGUACGUCGGGAUUAUAAUAGUUCAUUUGUUAACGGUUUUCAAUUGGUGACCGCUGCUGGCCCGCUAUGUGAAGAGCCCAUGCAGGGUGUGGCUUUUGUUGUGCUCGAAUGGACUGUGGAAGCAAACGAGGAUUUGAAUUCCAAGUCGUAUGGUCCUUUUUCAGGACAAGUGUUAACUGCAUCGAAAGAGUCAUGUCGCAUGGCAUUCCAGGCACAACCACAACGUCUGGUUAGUCCUAUGUACAGCUGCAACAUUGUGGUCAAUGCUGAAGUUCUAGGUAAAAUGUACGCUGUUAUUGGUCGACGUCAUGGCAAAAUUUUAUCGGGCGAUCUAACUCAAGGCAGUGGCAAUUUCUCAGUCAUGGCGAUAUUACCAGUAAUUGAAUCGUUUAAUUUCGCACAGGAGAUACGUAAGCAAACCUCGGGACUAGCUUGCCCACAAUUGAUGUUCAGCCAUUGGGAGCUUGUCCGAAUGCUUAUGACCAUGCCACCUCAUAUCACGCUUUACUAAAUCAUGUGAAAUCACAUCAUAUGACAU